GCUUUAGUAAUUUAAUGGCAUUUGCGGCUUUUCAAUUGCGUUUUAGAUAUUUUGUUUGAUUUGCAGGCGUCAAACUUCAUUUAUGCGCAGCAGAAAAGCCAAACCAUAAGCAUUCAAUGGUAAAUUGUCUUCUCCUGAUUUUAACUAUGGAUUCCUUCUUCGUGGUAUAGAAGAGUAUGAACCAUUGAGUUCUUCAACUUGCUAUCAGUAUACAUAGAUAGCGUGUAUGGACCAUUGUUUUGUCGGUGUGUGUCCUUAGUUGUUAGGCCAAACGCAGUCAUUCCAUUUUCUCCUGAAGUGAUAGAAAGAAGUAGUAGAAAGAGAAUUGUAAGCUCACAUCUGCAUCAAUUGAUUUGCAAUGGCGGAAUACAAUGGAACCGCGUGUGAGCAAGUAGAAGAUUCCGCUUCACUUUGAGGUACAUAGUCAUAGUAUUGCGGAUAAUUUCCAUAUGGAUGAAAUUGAAGAUAUGGAAUGUUUUCAAUUACCCUCUUUUUAUUAGAAGGUGUAAUUGUAUGAAGAAUAUUAAGCAGUUGCCUAUGUUUAUCCCACUCAUCCGCUGCAACUUCUGCUCUCAUCUUUGCUUCAUAAAAUCCAUAUUUGCGUACGCCAAAAGUGCGUUGGGAUCUUUUUGAACAGUUAAAAGGGUCCCUGCAGGUUGCUCGCCAUUCGAGUUUGGUAUGGUGGUAAUAGACACCUCUUACUAAACUAUGAUAAUCUUCUUCUGGCACAUCUGGUAGCAGUGCCAUAUUUGGCGGUGGUCGUUGACUCUCGUUUCUGCGUCUUUUAACUGGCGCUGGGUUUACUGGGUUGUCCUCGAUGGCGGGCGUUUGUACUGGGUCUUGAAUUAUUGGUCUGGUUUUACCGGCCCUCUUGGAG